UCCCGUGCGAACAGGAGACGUCCUGUUGACUCCUCUGCUCCGCUCUGCUCUGCUCCCCCAAUCCCUCCUCUGCACCCCGCGCCUUCGAGGCGAAGCCACAUAAAAAAAUUGCUUGAGAAACGGCAGGAAGAAAAGCGGGGCAAAAGCUCUUUCCCACCCCCCUCGCCGCGCGGAAUCUGCUGUCGACGGGGAGCAGCACUCUCGCGGCCUCUCCGGAGGGAGAGCUCGCCGCCGUCGUCGGGGUUAAAAGAUGUCUGAUCAGGAGAGGGAUGAUAUCCCAAUGCUGUUAAGAAAUAUUGAACUACCAAGAUUUCCCAGAAGUACAUCUAUGUGUAUGCCGGUCAGGGACGAGGAUUAUGAAGAAGACACUUAUGUGCCCCAUACCGGACCUCUAUCGAGUCAGCCGUCGAGCCAGGUUGCAGCAGCAGGCAAUCCGUUUGUUGUUAGCAGGCACACACCGGAUAAUAGGCCGCCACGACAUCCGCAGGUAAAACAAGUCAGCAAGCCGCAAGCCGUCAUGCCAGAAGACGCUGGAGGAAACAGGUGGUCUCAUGGUGGAGAUAUUCCAAAGAAUGAACAUUUGAUGAUGUCUGGACCUUUGGGACAAUGUGAUAAUCCCGACUGUGUCCAUUGCCCUCCUGUGUGCAAAAACAAGAGGCAUUUCCAACGGGCUCCAAAUCAUUUUGACAAUAAGCUUCAUAAUAUUCUCUAUAGUCACCAUCGUGGUUGGAAGAAGAGCAUUGAGCGUUUCCUUUCGUACAUUCCGAUUAUGAACCCACAUGCGAAGGUUGUUCAACAAUGGAAUCAAUUCUUUGUGAUAUCAUGCCUGGUUGCCAUCUUCAUCGACCCCCUGUUUUUCUUCCUGUUGUCAGUAGAGAAGGAUAAGAAAUGCAUAGUAUUCAACUGGAAGUUGGCGACAGGACUUGCCGUUGUGAGAAGUGUUUCUGAUGCUAUUUAUUUUCUGCACAUGCUUCUUCAGGCAAGUGGUUAAUCGGUUUUUAUAUUCUAUAAUCUAGACAAUGCUUCAC